UGAAAGAAGAAAUGUCGUUAGGUUAAGAAGUGUGGUCUUGGUUUGGAUUCGGGAAGGUGGUGGCUGGUGAGGCAUUGCCUUCUUCGAAGGCUCAAACCCCAAUGGCCUCAACUCUAUCAAUAUGUGAGAGAAUGUGGUCCCUUAGCCAAACCCAACAAGAAACAGAGCUCCAAGGUCCCCCCUGGCCCUCCAAGCACUUCCCCUUCAACUUCAAGGUUUGAGGGAACCUUGUCCUAAGUUAGGUUUCAGGCAAUUGUGUUUUGUACGAUCGGAACUUGGGCUUAAUAUUCUCAUGUUUGUUGAUGACUAAGGCAUAUGGAUGGUACCCGAUUUCUUUUUAUUUUUUCCGGAAAGGAAAGAUACCAAAACAGCAACAAUUGGGAACAGCUGUCUAACGAGUUGGAGCGGUGGUGUGCGCAAGAACAGUUGUAAUGGGUACAAAAUGCAUUGGACCUCAAAUGGGUGAAGGAGAAUCUGGCAGGCCGUUUUCUCCAGAUGGCUUGUUGUCACUAACAUCCUUCACCUUGAAGAAGGUUCAUGAUGGUCUUGAGAUGAAUUCUGUACCUCCUGUGGAUACAUCUCUGUCGGUGCAGACAGACAUGGAAAGCGAAUGCAGUACCAGUGAUGCUAUGAAAUUGACAAGGUGUCUGAGGCGUAGACCUUGGAUUAAUUAUGGGAUGUUUGAUUUUAGUUCAGAUGAGGAAUCUGACAUGGAAAAUUUCUAUGCGAAUGGCUCUCCAAAGCCUCAUCUCCCAAAAGGAGUUAUUCGUGGAUGUUCAAAUUGUAACAACUGCCAAAAGGUCAUAGCAAGGUGGCGCCCAAAAGAUGCAUGUAGACCUGUCAUAAAUGAAGCUCCAGUAUUCUACCCCAGCGAAGAGGAGUUUAAGGAUACCUUGCAAUAUAUUGCUAGCAUCCGGCAGAUGGUGGAACCAUAUGGAAUAUGCCGAAUUAUCCCACCUUCUUCGUGGAAGCCACCAUGUCCACUUAAGGGAAAACAUAUAUGGGGAAAUGCUAAAUUUGUAACACGAAUUCAACAGCUAGACAAGCUCCAGAAUCGGGAGCCUAUGAGGAAAAAUUCUAGAAUGGCCCACACUAGGAAGAAACGGAGAAGGUGCUUGAAAGCAGGGAUGCCAUGUGGCCAUGGUGACCCUGAUGCUGCUGGUGCUCAUGAUGUCAUCAGUCAGAACGAGCACUUUGGUUUUCUACCUGGGCCAGAGUUUACUCUAGAGUCUUUUGAGAAGUAUGCAGAUGAUUUUGUUGAGCAGUAUUUUGGCCUGAAAGACACAAACCCAUCGUCAGGCUCUGGCCAUGAGGCAACAUGCCAACAUGAACCAUCUGUGGAAGAUAUUGAGGGAGAAUAUUGGCGGAUGGUGGAGAAGCCAACUGAAGAAAUUGAGGUACUUUAUGGAGCUGAUUUGGAAACUGGAGCUUUUGGCAGUGGGUUUCCUAAAGCACUUUCUGGUUCAGGAAACAGUGAGUCAGAAGAAUAUGUGAGAUCUGGCUGGAAUUUAAAUAAUUUUCCAAGGCUGGCAGGCUCUGUACUUUCAUUUGAGAAAAGUGAUAUUUCUGGCGUUCUGGUACCAUGGCUAUAUCUAGGGAUGUGCUUUUCAUCAUUUUGCUGGCACGUUGAGGAUCACCAUCUGUAUUCAUUAAAUUACAUGCAUUGGGGUGCUCCAAAAUUGUGGUAUGGUGUUCCAGGGAGUCAUGCCUUGAAACUGGAAGCAGCCAUGAAGAAGCAUCUACCUCAUUUAUUUGAGGAACAGCCUGACUUGCUUCAUAAGCUUGUCACUCAACUUUCGCCAACAAUCCUGAAGUCAGAAGGCAUACCUGUCUAUCGAUGCGUUCAGCGGUCUGGAGAAUUUGUUCUCACUUUUCCUCGAGCUUACCAUUCUGGUUUUAAUUGUGGGUUCAACUGUGCCGAGGCAGUGAAUGUUGCUCCUAUUGACUGGCUGCCACAUGGACAGAGUGCUGUGGAACUGUAUGCUCAGCAACACCGUAAAACAUCCCUGUCCCAUGACAAGUUAUUACUAGGGGCAGCACAAGAUGCUAUUAAAGCUCUUUGGGAGAUCCAUUUUCUAAGGAAAGAGACACCUGACAACUUAAGAUGGGAUGAUGCUUGUGGGAAGGAUGGAAUUUUGACAAUGGCGUUGAAGACACGUAUUGACAUAGAGCGUGCCAGAAGGCAAUUCUUCUGCUGUCCUUCACAGGUUAGGAAAAUGGAUGUUAAUUUUGAUGCUACCAAAGAAAGGGAAUGCAUUGUAUGCUUCUAUGAUUUGCAUCUCUCUGCAGCUGGUUGUGAAUGUUCUCCGGAAACAUUUGCAUGCUUAAAUCAUGCAAAACAAUUAUGUUCAUGUGCUUGGAGUACAAGAUUUUUCCUCUUCCGUUAUGAACUAACUGAAUUAGAUAUAUGCAUUGAGGCAUUGGGAGGGAAAUUGAGUGCAAUUCACAGAUGGGCAAAUUUGUAUCUGGGACUCUCUUUGAGUUCACAUGUUACAAAGAAUGAUAGCUCUCAGGUGGCUGAUAUUCGAGGUACUUUGGUUGGCAAUGCCUUACUGGGAGAUAUGAAGACAAAAGAAGAAAGGCCGGUAAGUGAUGUUCCACCAACAAGUAAUGCUCAUGUUGACACACUGCAUCCAGAAAUGAACAAAACUUUUGUGGCGUCAUCCUCUUUAGGUGAAACCACAACCAAAGAUCACAUGAGAGACCUGAUUGGUAGCGGAGCAGAUCAUGUACAUCCAGAACUAAAAGCACCUGGAACUGACAUAGCUUCUAAAGUACAUAUUUCUUCUAAACACAAUAAUCAAGAACCAAGUUCUCCCAACGGUUCCAAAUUUAGUUUCUCUAAGUCACAGGCUUCUGAUCAGAACUUGGUUCAGAAUCUGCUACUGGAAUCACUCCCUGUUUGCCAACUUUCAGAAGAAGAUACAUCCUAUACCUGUGAAAACUCUUCUGGUCAAGUGCGCAGAAGCAUAUUUUCUCCUUCAAUUGCUGAGAAUAAAUUGAGUAACUCAGGAAGUAGCAAACCAAGAGCAAGCGAACCUGGCAGAACUGUAAUUUGUCUUAGUGAUGAUGAUGAUGAUUGUCAGGCUGAAGGAUAUCAAUCAGUUAGCAAGGUCAAAGUGGAAGAGUCCACCACAGAGAAUAUGAAAGUUUCAGAAAGAUUUGUGGCUACUAAGAACGGAAGUGUUGGUAAUGAGUCUCAAGGAGACCCACUUUCUGGGAGGACCAAUGAACCAGCUACCAACACUGGGAAAGCUAAGCAACUUGGUGUGCCUGCUGAAAAUGCCUCUGGCCAUUUAUCUACGGAGCUUAUCAGUUCUGGUGGAGACAAAAGGGGUACCAGUAAUUUGAGUUCCUUGAACAAUCGUCAAAGUUUAGCAUCAGAUAAAGGCCUUAACAACCACCAUCUUGCAGAUAGUGCUAGCCAGGGGAACUUAAUUCAUUCCCAGUUGAAUUCCUGUGGCAACAUGAGCAAUAUGCAGAAAGGAGAAAAGGUCUUAUCUGAUUCUGUUGCUGUCCAAGUGAAAAAUGGAUCCUCAAUGCAGUACUCACUCUCACCAAUUCAGGUGGCGAAUCUGAAUAGAAGCUGUCAACAACGUCCCCGCAUUGCAAAAGUAGUAAGAAGGUUCAACUUUCCAGUGGAGCUUUUAGAAUUUGGAAAUGUGGUACCUGGAAAGGUGUGGUGUAAUAGGCAGACAAUAUUUCCUAAUGGGUUCAGAAGCCGGGUUAGAUACUUCAAUGUCCGUGAUCCUAGACACAUGUGUUUCUACAUCUCAGAAAUCCUUGUUGCUGGAAAUUCUUAUCCGCUCUUCAGGGUUACAUUACAGGGUUGUCCGACUGAGGUCUUUGUGAAUGUUUCUCCUGGCAAAUGUUGGGACAUGGUACGUGAGAAAGUGAACCAAGAGAUUGCUAGGCAGCAUAGCCAGGGGGGGCCAAAUCUUCCUGCUCUACAAUCUCAGGGAUCAGUUGAUGGGCUUGAAAUGUUUGGGCUUGUAUUGCCAUCCUUUCUUAAGAAAAUCGAGUCCCUGGAUCCCAGCCGUUUGUGCUUGGAAUAUUGGAGCAAUCAACCAAGUUAUUCAAAUACAGGGAAGGCUCUUCCGAGAACUUCAUCUGAUGGUCAUCGAGAUGAGGUAGCUUCCCAACAGAGCCGUAAGGCCUUGGAAACGGUAGAAAGUGUCCUCAAGGGUCUCUUCAAGAAGGCAAACACUGAAGAGCUACAGACCCUUGAUCUUGCUCUGAGCAACGAGAACUUGUGUUUCAACAGGGCCUCGAUUGUUCAGGCACUCAAGGAAGAGAUUCAGGAGCGGCAACAAAGGCAGGCACUAUGAUGCCUCACCUUCGUGCACUUGAGCUCUUUCUCUCUCUCUCUCUCUCUCUCUCAUCAUUUUUUUGUGACGCAAGUCCGUGGUGAUUUGAUAUGACUAAAUUAGGAGCUGCAGUUGAUAUUUGUCCAAAUGUACAAAUGACGAGUAAAUGUGUCAAUAUGAGGUUCAUUUUAGCCUCC